AUGAGUUUGGACUUGCAACAAUUUCCUGAGUUCGCUGAUGAUGAAGAAAUGAGACACUAUGAGUUGGUUUACUUGAUUCAUGAAAAACAUGCUGAUGAGGUUGAAAACGUCAAUGAGAAAUUUCAAGGUGAUCAAAAGAGAAGAAGGGGAUGGAGGUUUAGUGAUUGGGGUAUGCGUAGGCUAGCGUAUAAGAUACAGAAGGCAGAGAGUGCACAUUAUAUACUGAUGAACUUUGAGAUGGAAGCUAAACACUUGCACGAAUUCAAAGGGAUGUUGGAUGGUGAUGAGAGGGUGAUUAGGCAUCUUGUGAUGAAACGUGAUGAGGCUAUUACAGAAGACUGUCCUCCCCCUCUUGAGUUUCACUCUGUUCGUGCAAGUAUGAACGAUGAUGAUGAGGAGGAGGAGGAUGAAGAAGAGUUUGAUGAUUAAGAGUAUGAAGUAGAUGAUGAUGGUAAUGUUGUUAUGGUGUUGUAUGAAGAUGAUGAAGAAAAUGGGGCUGAUGAACAGGAGCACAAGGACAUGACCAGUCAAAUACAGCCAUAAGAGAAAACCGAACAAUAGUUAACAUUCGAUGAGGUUAGAGAGCUGUUUGUUGUGGAUUCUCACAU